UUCUAUUUAAAAGAUUAAUUUGUAUUAACUAAAAGUAAAAUGGCAUUAGAAAACGCUAGCCCUCUUGUAUAUCAAGUUUCCGAGGAAAGAAAGAUAACUCCUUCGGAAUUAGAUGAAAGUGUACGAGAUCCUUUUGACUCGCGUGAAGUCUUUGAUCUUAUCCGAAAAAUUAGUGACCCAGAGCACCCGAUGACUUUAGAACAGUUAAAUGUGGUUAGGCAGUCUCAAAUAAAAGUGGAGGAUGAAAACAAUAAAGUUGACAUAACCUUUACGCCAACGAUAGAACAUUGUAGCAUGGCUACACUCAUAGGAUUGUCAAUACGUGUACAGUUACUCCGCACUCUACCUAGCCGUUUCAAGGUAAAUAUAACUUGUCAUCCGAAGUCUCAUAGAACCGAAGAUGCAAUUAAUAAGCAGCUUGCUGAUAAGGAACGUGUUUCUGCCGCUUUAGAAAAUCACCACAUAUUAGAAGUUAUCAAUCGGAGCUUACUUACUACGUUACCAUCUAAUAAAGUAAAGGCAAACGAAUUUUUAUCUUGAUCUUCCAAGAAAAA